CAGCACGCAGUUGGAACUGAUACGAUGGGUACUUUUUGUUCCGCAAGAAUUGGAAGGGCAGAUAUUGCGGUGUUUUGUAUCAUGGUUCCCAUAAACACAACAUUAUAAAUAGCGUUAUUUUGUCAAAUCAGCGGGCAAAGGACCUGGUUUAGAGAACCCCGGAAAUUCAAUAUGAUCGGGGCUGGUCAUUUAUAAUGCCUUUAUCGCGUAAAGGUCAAAUAUCUGGAUCUGUGCUUCACUGUCAAAGUUUGUGAGGCUCGUGCUAAUAGCGCCGCCGGCAGGCAUGCGCUGUGAGGAUCUUGCAGAAAAUGUGGAUUGGACGUGAGCUACGUGCGUCUUCGAGGGUAGACGAGAUGACAUGGAGGGGCUGGAAAACUGACCUUAUAAAUGCAAGCGGGACCGAGAGUAUCCGUUCAGUCACGAAUUGCUGUCCGGAGUCUCCCGCCGUGAGUAAAAUGGGUCUCAACGCGACCACGCCGGAGGACCUGCGAGUCGGUCAUGUGUCUGGGAUAACAGUCCUCAAGAAAGAGAGCAAAAGCGGUUUGCCCUUGUAUAAUGGUGAAGGAUUGGAGUCCUCUACAACUGAAGGAAGUUUUCAUGAAGUCCCAGCACAUCAAAACGGACCGGUGGAGACCCCAAAGGUGGUCUCUGCGGGACAUGCGGAUAGGAGUGUAUUGCCUGGGAAGAGACCCUGUGGAGAUGUGAGGUCAAGACCGGUCCAGCAUCAGAGGAGAAAAGAUGAGAACAGAGAUUCGGGGUUAGGUAGUAGCCAUGGAACGGUGGAGGGAUGUAGUGGUACUUCGGACACGUCCCAAGGAGCGGGCACAUCUUCGCUGGAAUGCAAAAGGAGGAGGCUUGAAAUGGACCCCAAAACUGACACUAGCAAAAGCACACGGACCAUUGCACCCCUUGCGUCCAAUCACCAACACAAUAACUGCACUUCUAAUUGGGUUCAUCAUAAUGGGCACAAAGUUGCAGCGAACCCCGCACACCCAGGACAAGAGAAGCAGGCUGAGGUGCAGUCCAGGCCACCCGUGCCCUCCAGCGCGGGUUUGUCUCCAGAACAAGUUGCUCAGCAGUACAUAGUUCCCUGUAUGAAGUUUUACGGCAUUUGUGUUAAAGACAGCUUUCUGGGCCCUCGCUUGGGGUAUAAAGUUUUGGAGGAGGUGGAGACUCUAAAUCGCGGCGGGAAAUUUCGAGGUGGCCAGCUGGUGAGCCAAAAGAGCAUACCCUCUAUGAACAUCCGUGGAGACCAGAUAGCAUGGGUUGAAGGGAACGAACCGGGGUGCGAGAACAUCGGCUGCCUCAUGGCUCACAUCGAUGAGGCAAUAAUGCGCAGUGCUGCCAAUGGACAGCUCGGAAAUCGCGUCAUAAACGGCCGAACCAAGGCCAUGGUGGCGUGUUACCCCGGCAACGGAACAGGAUACGUGAGGCAUGUGGACAAUCCCAACAGCGACGGGCGAUGCAUAACCUGCAUCUACUACCUGAACAAGGACUGGGACGUAAAGGUUCAGGGAGGUUUAUUGCAGCUCUACCCCGAGGGGCGUAAUGUUGUGGCUAACAUCGAGCCUUCUUUUGACCGGCUGCUCAUUUUCUGGUCGGACCGGCGAAACCCACAUGAGGUCAAACCAGCUUUUGCCACACGCUACGCUAUCACUGUUUGGUACUUCGAUGCAAAAGAACGAGCAGAAGCUAAAGAAAAAUACAGACUUGCUACAGGACAAAAGGGAGUUAAGGUGCCUGUCACACAGAGCAACAUGACUUGAAUACCAGCCAGCCAAACUCAGAAACUCUACUGUUCUUGUGUCCUCCAACACAUGCUGCUGCACGAUUGGCCGUUUCAAGAGAUGCAAGAAGCCUGAGAACCAUAGCUGCAUCCAUGGCCUAAACACAGCCAACCGGAGAAUUUUGAUUUGAUGGAUCCACUGAGUUUACACAAAAUUGUUUAUGAAUGAAGACCACUAACUAAUCUCAAUCCAGCCUGAGGUCACGGCUCUAAAAGGCUGAUGGGAAUUACAGACUUUCAUCAUCCUGUGGAACGCCAGUUGAAGAAAAGUCACACUUUUACAAUGGAGAAACAAGCCACCUACACGUUAACCAACGUAUGGAGGCCAUUUACAAAACCAGAGUUUUGAAUAAGUACAGUUUUUUUCUACCAUUAGUUCUAAUAAUUAGUCAAAUCGGAAAGCCCGCCCUGCUUUUCCCAACAUUGCAUCCCUGUGUGUGAAUGGGUUUCAUAAACCUUUCAGGUGGUCUUUGCACUUGCUCAGAUCGACGGGAAAUUAACGUGUGAGACCAGCGGACGUGUCAUAUCCUGUUCAACUCCAUGAAUGUGUAACUGGCUUAAAGUUCUUACUCCAAGCAAAGCUACAGCACUGAGAUAAAAUAACAUUGUACAGCAAUGCACUGCUAUGAUUGGCUGUUUUAGGCUUUGAGCGUUCGGGAACAUUAAAGGGUGAAUUAAUAAAAAAAAUGGAAUGACGCCCUUAAAUAGUGUUGCAUUUGCUUUGUUUUAACAAUUAUGCAAAUUUGGUAAUGCCACGAGCCUGCCCACAAAAGUGUGGAACCCAAUAUGCGCUACAAUUAUCCAGCCUUCAGUAUAGUCUUCUAUCCACCAUUCCAAUCCAUCAGUGUCAGUUUAACGUCAAUGAGAUGUUGGACUCAGUUCAACAUUCACAACGUUGGGGAUAUUUCAGAUUGGUUGGAAAUGGAAAUCAAAUUGCAUAUAGCAGACAACUUAAUGACUUCAUGUCAAGUUGUCCUCAGUAUUUUGCGCCACGUGUUCCUAUUAGACGUAAUCCUUGACGUUGAAGUGAGGUUGCCUGAUGUCUCAACCUAUAUUUAACCAAAAAUCAACUGCUUAACGUGUUAUGCUGACCUGCUGCUCCGAAAAUGUCUACACAGCCUGACUGAAUAUAAACAAGUGAUGCUUUUCUCUAUCAUUUAACGCAUUAUCGCUCUAAUCCUCACUAGUUUCAGCGGUGGCCCGUCCUCAAUUGAUAACAUGACAAAACAGGGUGUUUGUGACCUUUUCUAAUCUUUGUAUGUAUGUAUAGUAGUGAAGAGGACAUCUCUUCAAGGCUUGCCUGUGACAGUGUUUCUGUAUACUCGAUCCCUCUCUCUCACACAGUUUAUAUACUGCUGCGCGCUAGCUCGGCUAGCUUAUGUUUCUUUGUGUAUAGGGAUGCACUUAACUGAAUCACUUUAAAAAAAAAGAGCUGACAAUCUCAUUCUCGCCUCAGUGAGGUCCUACACAGAAAAUAAAGAAACUCUGAUGAAUAGAGGGCUCUCUACAAAUGAUGGCGACGUUUGGAAACUCGCUUUACCAGGUGUCCACGUGCACUACAUUCGGCUGUGUUCAGAAUGGAAUACUAGCAUACUGCAGAGUGUACGGUAAAUCCUGCAUAGUGGUUUGAAAGGAACACACGCAUGUGACAUGAUGAUAGCAUUUUAAAAAGACUGACUGACAUUAGUUCCAAUUCAUCACAUUGGAAAUGGAAAGUCAAGCGCAAUGCAUUGUGGGAUACAAUAAUUCCCACAGUGUGCUCUUCUGUUUACUCCCCAUUUUGGAAAAGGUGGCUGCAUCCAUAGAACGGCAUACUAUGCACAAUGUACAUACUUUUUACAGCAAAUAUAGUAAAAAUGGUUUAGUAGUAUGCUUUUCCGAACACAGCCACAGUCUGAAAACUGGGAGCCUCUUGACAGAAGAAAUAUGCAAAAAACAGCACAGAUCAGGUCCCAGCAUUUUUUUUUUAAACCAGGGAAACAACUGGACCUUUUUUCCUCACAGCAUACUAUGAGAGAGUAUUGAGCGGACCUCUGCUGUGUUUGAGUCCCACUGGCAGCCAGAGGAAGUAAAGCACUUUAUUAUAUUGAAUGCGUGAAAUUUGAAUGAGCGAGUGAAACUAGCUCAUGCUUCGUGCUGUUUAACAGUGUGAGACUUAAAUCAACUGAGAACAAAAAAGAUGUUUGCUUAACCUUUCUGAGUUUUACAGUAUUUCAUUAAAAUGUGUUGGAUUUUGUAAAGCCGACCUCUGCGUUCUUGUUCCAUUUCACUUAUUUAGACUUUAGUAUUUAAUUUCAUUCUCAGGAAAUUAUGUUAUUUGUGAAAGAAAAUGAUUUACAACUAGGGGUCAAAACCAAAUUUUGGUUCUUGAAGCAAAAGCAGUGAUUUGAUGUUCUGUUAAUGUUACACCUAAAUCUGUUACAACCUUGUCGCAUCUUAACAUUUUGAGAAGUUAACUGAAUAAAAUAAGGUAGUUUCACAAAG